AUGGGGACUGAAGUCACUAAGAGAUACCUAGGAUACUACAGCAGGCUAGAGAGCUAUGCUGAUCCUAGGCUAAAGGAUGUAGAGUUUGCAGUAGGUGAUUAUGUAUUCCUAAAGGUCUCCCCAGUGAAAGAAGUCAUGAGGUUUGGGAAGGAAGGCAAGCUGCCACCUAGAUACAUAGGACCUUUUGAGGUCAUUGAUAAAGUUAAAACAGUUGCUGAUCAGUUAGAGUUACCACUAAGCUUUUCUCACGUCCACCCAGUAUUUCAUAUUUUCAUACUUAGGAAAUACAUAUCUGAUCCUUCUCAUGUGUUACAACCCGAUACAAUGGAGUUAAAGGAAAACCUAACCUUUGAGGAGCAGCCAAUUGCCAUAGUGGACUUUCAGAUGAGGCAGUUGUGGUCAAAACAGAUCUCUAUGGUUAAGGUUUUGUGGAUGAGCCAAUCGGUAAAAGAGUGUACCUGGGAGUCAGAUCAGAACAUGCGCAAUAAGUACUCGUACUUGUCCACUGAGUAA